UUUACUGCGCUGCUUGGAGCAAAAUCAAGCGUUUUUAAGUUUCGUCGAGACGCGCCGCUCACUGACUCCAGUCCAGCAGGAGGCGGAAGUGCGAUGUUACUUUGCCUACAACAAAGAUGGCGUCUCCCAUAGAACACGAGGAUUCGUGUCAACAAGAGGAGGAUGAAGAGGAGGAGGAGGAGGCUGCUGCUGCAGAACCCAAAGCACCCAAGAUCCGAGACACACCUGAAGACAUCAAACUAGAGGCCAUCGUCAACACCAUCGCAUUUCAUCCCAACCAAGACAUCUUAGCAGCUGGAGACAUCGACGGAGACAUCUACCUAUUCUCAUACUCCUGCACUGAAGGAGAAAACAAAGAGCUGUGGUCAUCAGGACAUCAUCUGAAGUCCUGCAGGAAAGUGCUGUUCUCCAGCGAUGGACAGAAGCUCUUCAGCGUGUCUAAAGACAAGGCGGUUCACAUCAUGGACGUGGAGGCUGGAAAACUGCUGACACGCAUCCCCAAAGCUCACAAGGUCCCCAUCAACGCCCUGCUGCUGGUGGAUGAGAAUAUAUUUGCGACGGGUGAUGACGAGGGAAUGCUGAAGGUCUGGGACUUGAGGAGUGGAACCUCGUUCAUGGAUCUGAAGCACCAUGAGGAUUAUAUCAGUGAGAUCACCAUCGAUCAGGCUAAACGCACCCUGCUCACCUCCAGUGGCGAUGGCACUAUGGGAGUGUUCAAUAUAAAAAGACGAAGAUUUGAACUGCUUUCCGAGUUCCAGAAUGGAGAUCUUACAUCUGUUUGCAUUAUGAAGAGAGGUCGUAAGGUCAUUUGUGGGUCCAGCGAGGGCAAAUUAUAUAUUUUUAACUGGAAUGGUUUUGGUGCCACCAGCGACCGGUUUGCGGUUCAGGCCGAGUCUGUGGACUGCAUCGUGCCGAUUACUGACAGCAUUCUGUGUGCCGCCUCCAUCGACGGCGUCAUCAGAGCUGUGAGUGUCCUGCCGAACCGUGUGCUGGGCAGCGUCGGUCAGCACGUCGGCGAGUCCAUCGAGGAGAUCGCCAGAUCCAGAGACACACGCUUUCUGGCCAGCUGCGCUCACGACCAGCUCGUCAAGUUCUGGGACAUCUCCAGCUUAACGGACAUGAGAGUCGACGAUUACCGGCGGAGAAAGAAAAAAGACAGACGCCUCAAAGCGCUGAGCAACAAAGCUUUCGAUACAGGACAGGAUUUCUUCGCCGGCCUUUUAGACUCAACUGAAGAAAACCGUAAAAAACAAGAAGAAGAAGAAGAGGAGGACAGCGACAGUGGAAGCGACUGAACAUAAUUGCAAUAAUGUGUUGCUAUUUGUAUACUUCAUGUCUAUUUUUUGAAUCGGUGUGUAUUUGUAUGAUAUAUGUAUAAUUUUAGAAUCCAUGCAGUGCUGUUAUAUUAUUUGUUGAUGGUAAUAAAUCUCAACACGAAAGCAGACAUUUCUUGGUCAAAGAAUGUAACAAA